AUGAAGGACGUCUCCGUGCUCAACAAGCAUUCCCGCAACUCCCUAGUCUAUCCGAAGAAACGUCCUUCUCCGCAUGGAAUCACAAAGUCGCACAAGACUCCAAUUCUCCAUCCCCCCAGAAAAACGCCGCGUUCAGCAAAAGCUCUUGCUCAACAACAAAAGCAGCAGCAGGUCCAGCAACAGGCACUGCGUAGAGAAGGGGUGCUGUUAGAAGAAGAGUAUCGCGAUGACAUUCGCCACUACAUGCAUGAGAUGGAGGUCAGUCUCGCCAAGCCAUCUUAUUGGUUCUGCCUCAACUCUCUUGACCAGCGUUACACCAUGUCUUCCCUCCAGUCGAUGGACCAACAGCCCGAGAUAAGGUGGCAUAUGCGCCCGUGUCUCGUAGACUUUCUUGUUGAGGUCCACUUCACCUUCCGACUCCGCCCAGAAACCCUUUACCUCACCCUCAACAUUGUCGAUCGAUAUGUGUCGAGAAGAAUUGUCUACAUCAAGCACUAUCAACUCGUCGGUUGCGCUGCUCUAUGGAUUGCUGCCAAAUUCGAAGACGCAAAAGACCGCGUUCCAACUGUCCAAGAUUUGGCCCAAAUAUGUCGAGAUGAAUACGACGACACAGCGUUCAUUCAAAUGGAGGGUCAUAUUCUUUCCACCAUCCAAUGGACGUUAGGGCACCCCACUGCUGAGGCAUGGCUUCGUCUUAUGUGUGUCGGCGCUUGUGUGGAGGACGCCAAGGUUCAGCACGUUGCGCGCUUCCUGAUGGAGAUUACGCUCUUCUAUCGCGAGUUUGUCAAAUUUUCCCCUUCGACAAUAGCACUUGCCGCCCUCACCCUUGCUCGCUACCUUUGCGGCAAGCCUCGUCGCAUUUGGGACGAAUCUGAAGAGUGCUUUGCCGUCAUCAACUAUCUCGACACUAGGCUAUCCAAGCAUGUCAACGACUUGUCGGAGACGCUGGUAAAGAAGUAUUCGUAUGCGUUCUACUCCAAAGCAGCAACCUUCGUCGUCCAAUAUUACCUCCAAGGCGGCCAUUAUAUUCGACCGUUGACCCUUCCUCUACCUGCAACACCAAUAAGAUCGCCGUCGUCAACUGCGAGCACCCCCAUGACUGCGUCAGACAAGUCUGACGACUUCCCUGUCACCCCUACGACUCCUGCUUUCUCCAGCGAUCCUUUCGGUGGAUUAACGCAUUCGACGUCGAGCGACAAGGAAAACAUGCCGACUUCGUUUGAGCCAGUGGUCAACAAGCACCGAAUUGAGACAGCGCCAGAGCAGUUCCUGCCGCAUGAUUUUGUGACUUUUGGUCGUACUGCUCUCCACACCCUUAACAACGUCUCCCCACGGGCGAUGGUGCCAUAG